CCCGUGGAAGAGCUAGCUCCAGGCCCCGCGGUGCGUUUGUCUGCGCGGCGGCUGAGACACGGGCUGGAGGCAGGGCUCGGGGGCUUCGGGGCGGAACCUCGGUGCUGGCGGCGGCUCGCGGAGCAGCUCUCUAGACUCGGGGCCCACGCUCAUGGCUGAUGAUGUCAGGUACUAACAACGUCGCCCAGGCCCGGAAGCUGGUGGAGCAGCUGCGUAUCGAAGCAGGGAUAGAACGCAUCAAGGUCUCUAAAGCCUCGUCAGAGCUGAUGAGCUACUGUGAGCAGCAUGCCCGGAACGACCCCUUGCUGGUCGGUGUGCCAGCCUCUGAGAACCCGUUCAAAGACAAAAAGCCUUGCAUAAUCCUCUAGUCCUCUCUCUCUGCCCCCUCCCAAGGCACUUUCCAAUUUCUACUGUGAGAAAAGUAUUUGUGUCCCUCCCGCUUUGAACUCUGAAGGAACAGAAAUCGUCGUGAAUGCCCGGAUCUUCACGGCUGGCAUGGAGUGUGUGACUCGGCCGGGGGCUCGGGCUGCCUGGCCUAACAAGGGUGCCGGCCUCCUCCCCCUGCCCCCUCCCGCCAGGCAUCGCUGGGGACCUGGGCUGGGUGACCAUCCUUAAAGCUCCCAUAGUCAGCGCCGGGGGAGGGCUCACAGGCCAAGUGCAUGCCUGGCGGCCAUGAGGACCCCAGUUGCGACCCUCCAUCCCACGUUUAAAAAAUAUCCAGGGGCCGGGCCACGCAUCUGUGCCCCAGCACUCCGGAGGCCGAGACGGCAGGGUCCCGAGGGGCUUGGGGACAGACAUCUUGGCUGUCAGUGAGCUGGGGCCAGUGAGGGACCCUGCCUCCACCACAAGGCCGAGUUAGACAGGGGAGGGCACACGCGGACCUCCAGCUCCGCCUCGGACACACACAAUUCGCUGUGCUGCCCAGCGGCCCCCCCCCCCC